UAGGGCAUCCCAGGGGCUCAAGGAAAAGAAGAAGACCUGCUCAGCCUUCGGAGGCAAAUCUCUCACAGGGAACUCUCUUCCAGGGCUGAGCCUGGGCCCCAGGACCUGGGUGCAGGCAGAAAACCUACUCAAACCCAUCCUGUGGGCCGAGCCAGGUCCCGUGAUCACCUGGAAUAACCCCGUGACCAUCUGGUGUCAGGGCACCCUGGAGGCCCAGGGGUACCGUCUGGAUAAAGAGGGAAACUCAAUGUCGAGGCACAUAUUAAAAACACUGGAGUCUGAAAACAAGGUCAAAUUCUCCAUCCCAUCCAUGAUGUGGGAACAUGCAGGGCGAUAUCACUGUUACUAUCAGAGCCCUGCAGGCUGGUCAGAUCCCAGCGACCCUCUGGAGCUGGUGGUGACAGCCUACAGCAGACCCACCCUGUCCGCCCUGCCAAGCCCUGUGGUGACCUCAGGAGUGAACGUGACCCUCCGGUGUGCCUCACGGCUGGGACUGGGCAGGUUCACUCUGAUUGAGGAAGGAGACCACAGGCUCUCCUGGACCCUGAACUCACACCAACACAACCAUGGAAAGUUCCAGGCCCUGUUCCCCAUGGGCCCCCUGACCUUCAGCAACAGGGGUACAUUCAGAUGCUACGGCUAUGAAAACAAAACCCCGUACGUGUGGUCGGAACCCAGUGACCCCCUGCAGCUACUGGUGUCAGGCGUGUCUAGGAAGCCCUCCCUCCUGACCCUGCAGGGCCCUGUCGUGAUCCCCGGAGACAAUCUGACCCUCCAGUGUGGCUCUGAUGUCAGCUACAUCAGAUACACUCUGUACAAGGAGGGGGCCGAUGGCCUCGCCCAGCGCCCUGGCCGGCAGCCCCAGGCUGGGCUCUCCCAGGCCAACUUCACCCUGAGCCCUGUGAGCCGCUCCUACGGGGGCCAGUACAGAUGCUACGGCGCACACAACGUCUCCUCCAAGUGGUCGGCCCCCAGUGACCCCCUGGACAUCCUGAUCGCAGGACAGAUCCCUGACAGACCCUCCCUCUCAGUGCAGCCGGGCCCCACAGUGACCUCAGGAGAGAAGGUGACCCUGCUGUGUCAGUCAUGGGGCCCGAUGUUCACUUUCCUUCUGACCAAGGAGGGGGCAGCCCAUCCCCCGCUGCGUCUAAGUUCCACUUACAGAGCUCAUAAGUACCAGGCUGAAUUCCCCAUGAGCCCUGUGACCUCAGCCCACGCGGGGACCUACAGGUGCUACGGCUCACGCAGCUCCAACCCCUACCUGCUGUCUCACCCCAGUGAGCCCCUGGAGCUCGUGGUCUCAGGAGCAACUGAGACCCUCAAUCCAGCACAAAAGAAGUCAGAUUCCAAGACCGCCCCACACCUCCAGGAUUACACAGUAGAGAAUCUCAUCCGCAUGGGUGUGGCUGGCUUGGUCCUGCUGUUCCUCGGGAUUCUGUUAUUUGAGGCUCAGCACAGCCAGAGAAGCCCCCCAAGGUGCAGCCAGGAGGCAAACAGCAGAAAGGACAAUGCACCCUUCAGAGUGGUGGAGCCUUGGGAACAGAUCUGAUGAUCUCAGGAGGUUCUGGAAGACUGGGGCAGCAGUUGGGGAAGUGUCUGCUGAGAAUAUCAAGGGGAAGAAGCAUGGGUCAGGUGCAGGAAGAUGUCUGGGUGUCUGUAGAAGAUGCUUCCUCCAUUAACCUGUGGUGCUUUCCUCCUCAUUGUCGACUCCCCUUGACUGCCCCUCCCUUCGUUUUUCUUCCCUAUGAUGUAAGGCUUCACCCCUAUGGUGGGUUUGGGUCCGCCCCUCUGUGACCUCAUGCUCUGCUCCACUUUCAGGUAAUACAUCUUUCUUUAUUUCUAACUACUGCAUUUUCUAAUGUGUGUUACUGGGACUAUCUCUUCAGCUCAUAACAUGGAAUUUGCUUUUGAUAAUUAAA